AUGGACCGACCCAAAACCAAGCCCCCCUCUCCCACCACCUCCUCCGCUUACUCCUCCCCCUCCACCCAAUUCAUCGCGCUCUCGGACGACGACAUCAACCUCUGGGACGCGGUGGCGAUCGUCGACGAGCGAGCAACGGCGUUCAAGGUCAAGUGGGCGGGGACGGAUCCGGAGACGGGAGAACCGUGGGCGGAUAGCUGGGUGGCAAAGUGCGAUGUCACUCCGGAUAUGGUGGAUGUGUGGAGGGUGGGGCACGCGAGUGUGAGGAGUGGUGAGUAA